CAUGACAAAGCCUUAAACGACGCCGUUGACCUAAUAAACAACACAUAAAGCUGAUGUUGGCAGCAGCGGUAGUCUUUGUUCAGACUUGCAGAGAUAGCAAACAAAAAAGGAUCGCCAACAGAACUUAAAGACGGUGGUGAUGAAUUUCCCACUUUCCGAUAAAAACAUUUGUCACUCACGUUGUCGUUCACUGUAACUAUCAUAACCUCGGAAAUCGACAGUUCUUUCAUACUUUUCAAUCUUGUCCUACGCCUAGAAAUUUCCCCAGCCCACCUUUGAUCUCUCAUGUCUUUAUUACCUUCGGGAUUCCUUUUUCUUUGCUUAACACUCAAGCUUCUGUAAAAUCACAGGGUGGUGUUGUUUGAGCUUUUGAAAUUGUAAUGGUUUCUUGUACAAUUCCUUCAUGGACCUUAAUUGGUCUUGUAAGAUCUUUUCUUGAUCUUACACUAGCUUAUUUCCUUUUAUGUGGAUCAACCUUGGGUUUUUUUGCUUGGAAAUUUUUUCAUGUUUUUGGUAUUCAUCUGCCAUGUCCUUGUUCUGGGUUUUUUGGUUACCCAAAUACCAACCUCUGUUGGCAUAAGCUGCUUAUUCAAUGGCCAAGAACAAUGAUUUACUCUGUUCAACACCAGGCUUUGGAUAGGUUCCCUUUUAACUCGGUUUCAUUCAACGAUUCCAAUGCCAAACCCAUUAGUGCUGAUGGGAAAUUUGGCAUUGGGAUCAUUGAAUUAGAAGGUGAAGCAUGUUCUACUUCACUUUCAGGUUUGAGAUUGCAAACUAUAGUGGAUAAAGAUAGUGGAUAUGAUGCUAAGGGAAAGAGAACUAUAAACCAGAAGUCGAAAUCCGGAACUCGGCGCCGGAGAAGGGCUGCUUCCGGUAAUGGAAAAUCUUCUGCUGUAUCAUUGUCUGGUAAUUUCCCAACAUCAGCUGUUGCAGGUGUUUCAUGUUCUUAUAUCAGUGGUUGUGAAACAAGACGUGAGAUUAAGGAUAAUUUGGGUCCAGUUAGUGAAAUAGAAGAUAGUUUUCCUGAUGAUAAAAAUACUCGAGCUGGCACUGAUAUGGGUGAGGCAACCCGGCAUGAUUUUGAAUUGAGCAGUGGAGAGGAGAAAGGUUUGACUUUUAUAAAAAAAAUAGGGUUUGUUGGAGAGGAAGCAAAUCGGAUUGGAAUGUUGGAACGAGCGCUUGAAGAAGAGAAAGCUAAACGUGCUGCUAUUUACUUGGAGUUGGAGAAAGAAAGGGCUGCUGCUGCUUCGGCUGCUGAUGAAGCCAUGGCGAUGAUUUUGCGUCUACAAGAGGACAAGGCUGCUAUAGAAAUGGAAGCGAGGCAAUAUCAAAGGAUGAUUGAAGAGAAAUUUGCUUACGACGAAGAAGAGAUGAGCAUUCUGAAAGAGAUGCUGGUUAGGAGGGAGAAGGAGAAUCACCUUUUGGAGAAAGAACUCGAAGCUUACAGGCAGAUGAAUAAUCGAGGAGAGGAGCAGGAGGAAUGUGAUUUUAGUUAUAUGUCGAGUAAAGGGGGACAACUGCCUUCGAUUCCAUUUGGUCUAGACGAAGAUCAGCUGCGAAUGGUGAAACAGGCAGGGAAUGGUGGAUUGACUACAAAGAAGGAAGUGGAGAGAGGUCCUGGUUGGGGUUCGGAAAAUGAGAUUCCGUUAGCUGGGGAAAGAAGUCAUACUGCAGACGCUUAUUUAACCGGGAAAGCAGAAGGACUGGAUGACGGUGACAUAGCAGGCCAAGCAAUAGCAACCAAAACAGUCCAAGGUGAUGAGAGAACUUGUUUAACUGGAGAAGAGCUCAAGAGAAAUGUAGAAUUUUGUGAGGCAGUAGAUUGCAAUCCGCACGAUCCCACGGUUGAUAUGGAACCGGCUGUUUAUGACAUACAUGUUGUCGAUGAUAAAGUAGACAUUCUGAAGGAGGAGAAUACAAAAGAAAGUAAAUUACCAUCUGGUUCUGCUUUAAAUCACAAAACUUUGCUAUAUGACUCGAGGGGGAGUUUUUCUGCAGUCGGUACUGAAAUGUUGGAGAUUGGUGCUGAAAUCAAAUGCCUUAGAGAAAGGCUGCAAAUCGUACGAGGAGAAAAAGUGAAGCUGAGUUUCUCAUCGGAUCAGAGGAAAAGGAUAGAUACCCAUUUGAAACUCAUCGAGGAGCUGGUGAACCAACUUCGAGAAUUUCAGCAGCUAAAGGAGCCCGUUCGGCAGACUUCUUUACCUCCUUUACCUUCACCUUUCAAGGUAAACUCCAACCGGAGACGCUGCCGGAGCGUAUCGGAUGGAAUCGAAGAUAGUGCGUAAGCAAUGUAAGCAAUGUACAGAAUAAGCUAUGGAAUCGGCUGUUUCUUAGGUUUUCUUUUUUUCAGAUAAGAAGUUGAUAAAAUAUCUGUGAAGUCCAUAAAUACAUAAAUAUUUAAGUUUAAUUGUUAA